UUGGUUCACGACGACCGUCCGAUGGCAGGGGGCAUUCCUUGCUCAAGUGGACCAACCGGGAUGCAACCGGAGGCCCCGGCACAGUGCUUCCUGCUCCAGGACUCGCAAUGACCCGAGCGGCGACUUGUCAUGCACAUUGGCCAGGAUUCAUCCAGCCAUACAUGUUAAGGCUCGGCCGAUACUUUGGGCAUGCGAGGCACACCGCGUCAGUCGCGUCCAGACGAGGCUCCGAGCAGUGUUUGCCAAGGCCUGCGGCUUCUCACAGGGGCUGGCUGACGCUAAUGCGCUUUCGAAGAAGGCUGCUGUGAGGAGCCAGCUCCACAGGCUCGACAUAUAAACAACUUCACCCCAAUUCACAUCCGCGGACAGCCAUCACGUUCAACACAUCUGAACGACCGCCACGCAGCGCGCACGAUGGUGUCGGCUAUUCUACCGGCCCGAGUAGCGACAGCUACUGACCGUCAUACGACCAUGUCAGCCAUAGCAUCGGCGCCAAAUACCGCAGACCAAGAUGGAGGCGUGCCUGGCACCGUUCCUAGUCUCGCCUCGCACCACAAUACCGCCAGCACCAUUGAUGGGGCGACUCUCUUCGCCCCUCUCGAACAACUCUUGUUGCGCGCCUGCAAAGUCAUAUACGGUCCCUCAGAAAGCACGGAAAAGCUUGCGGCGCUUGAAGAGAUCGUCAAGCAGGUUUUGCUCAAGAUACGCGAACAGAAGCAGGCGGGCGACACGAAGGCACGAUCUCCCCAACCUCAAGGCCAAGAUUCCGACACAAGUUCCACAGACAUCACGUCUAACAUCCAGACGGCAACAUCGAACGAGGUCUCGGCCCGCCGAGCGUUGCCUCCUCGUCGCGUCCCUCGUCGCGUCCCACCUGCAUCUGACCCUCACUUGUCUCCCAACCUGCCGCAAUCUGCUGCGGCAGCAUCCGACAAAGCGAUCGCUCCGAUCAACGAUGCUACUAAGACACAACCAGCGGCGGUAGUGGCGACCGUCGAGGAGGAUCAGCAAGCCGGCGACAGCGACGGAGGAGCGGCGGAUACUCUUCAGCAGCGUCUUAGCUGUGGCCAAGCGCCUUCGUCCAGUGCACCAACGCCUGACGACGGAUCCGCCAGCAGCAGUGAGGAUGGUUCCACGCCUGCGACAAGCCCUGACAGUGGCUGUGCCAGCAACAACACGACCACAGAAGGCACCGAGGACGAGAGCAUGACGGACAACACCACCCAUGCAAGCAGCAACCUGCAUAAACAACGCGAUGGGGUCGGCAUGUCCACCAACGUUGAAGCACAAGUCUCCACAAAUGCGGGAGCGACCACUGGCGACAAGACAAUCGAGCCCGCCAGGACCGCUGACGACACUCCGACGACUCCCGAUCCUCUCGGCAGCGGCUUAGAUCUCAAUCGGCCAGGCGACAAAGACCUUUCGAGCGGCGACGCAGACGAACACCGUGGCAGAGCUCAUGAGCCUAGCGAUGAGCAAUCCAAUCCAGGCGCGGCCAGUAGUGGCGAUGCCACCAUCAUCAUGUCCAGUAGCAAUGGCAAUCAUUCCGCCGCUGCAGCAACAGGGCGCCCUGGAUUACGGCCGUCAAAGAGAAAGCCCGCGGACCCGGCAGGGGACAGUCCGGCGAAGAAACCUAAGGGCGGUGACUCGGGCAAUGGAAGCAAACGCAAGAAAAAGAAGCCAAAGGCCAAACCCAAGAUUCUCGACCACACACCGGAGACAAUGGCCAAGCUUGCUGAAGCAAAGCCGCCCGAGAAUAUUCCGGAAAGUUUCGACGACACCACUAAGGAGAAGCACCUCUCGAAGAAAGAGGUCGAAGAGAUGUGUGUCAAAUGUUCCCUUCAGCUGGAGGAUGAUGUGCUGCAGCACUGGGAUCCGUAUGAAUCACAAGGCAUCCCUGCACCGGUCCGGACGGUGAAUCUGUCGGGUUUUUACUACAAUCACGCCUAUUUGAUGUUUCGGUACGCUACCGCGGAUAUUACGAACACAGAAUACACCAGAAAGCAGCUCGAGGUCACGCUCAACUCCAUCAAGUAUUGGAUCUUGGUGCUGUGUGCUUUGAUGCCCGACAAAGGACGUCUCCAGGCACAGGACUUGCGGGAACACUGGCUGAACAAGGCCAGACUUGAUACAGCUUUGCCACGCGGGGAGGAAACAGAUUCUUCACGACAGCUGGAUGACGACAAUGCACGCCCGGCUACCGAGAACCAUCAUCCUCUGCUGAAGCAGAUAGCUUCAGAGGUGAAGCACGAGCUAACCUGCCUGAAAGAUAUUGCUCAGAACAAAUCGAUCAAUCAUCUUAAGUACGACAUCAUCUCUAUCAAUCUGUGGGGAAACUUCACAUCCAUUGAGAAAGCUAUAAAGAGCAAUGAUGCCCUCAGGAACACAUACUUGGAGAAAGUAGGAUACAAGCGCGGUUGCACGGUUAGUACGGAAAACUUGGCGCUCAAAAUUUUCAAGAGCAUACAAGUCACGACCCCGCAUACCUCAGAAGCUCGCGACGGUAUGAGGGGGCCAAGGCAUGGAAGUGCUGCUUCCAUAGAUGAAGCUCGGGUCGAGUACGCUCUUGGCCGUGGCGCCGUUGUCUUUGCAGCAUCGUGCUAUCUGGGGGAGUGGGCGCCCCUUCACAUCCCUGCGGCAAGAUUUCCACACAGAUCCAAGCCAAAGCUCCCACCGGCGAUGGAGAAGUUCAGGACCGACGACUUGAUGAUCCCUUUACAGAGAGACAAGGGCAUAGCCAUUUUCUGCUACCUCAUUCAGAGCUUCGAAAUCAGCUACUCAUUCUUUUGUGAUAAAAUAAAGGGGGAGUGGACUCAGCAGGAAUGGGAAAAUUGCUACAAGAAGUUCAAGGCUGGCUUCGAUGAACACGCGACGAGCGCACGACCAUCAUGAGGGGUGGGCCAAAUGGACAAUUAUCUUGUGUACCCGUUCCGCCACCUAUACAGGGCCCCCUCAGACCUUUCUGUGUUCUCAAUGAUAUCAAGACGGCUCAACUCGUUAGCGACAUCGUCUCGUGUGAUGUUCCUACUCAUCGUAUCCCCAAUUAGGAAGGAAUGACCUCGGUCUUCAUUCCUUCCUCAUUCGGCUCAGGCCAUACUUGAACACCCUUUCACCGACUCUUCUCCGUGCUGCACUAAUAUGCGCACCAUUUAAUAGAACCAUUACC